AGAGCUAUGGAGGGCGUAAACGGUUCUGGACCCAGCCCGGUUUCGCCCGCUGGCCCGGUCCAGCAAGGACUCAAGGAAGCCCUGGUUGAGACGCUGGCCGCGAUACUGUUGCCGGUGCAAGAAGUACGCGCAGCAGCGGAGGAGCAGAUUAAAGUUCUGGAAGUGACUGAGGAGUUUGGAGUUCACCUGGCCGAGCUGACGGUCGACCCCCAAGGAUCCCUCGCCAUUCGACAGUUGGCCUCUGUCAUCCUGAAGCAGUAUGUGGAGACACACUGGUGCGCCCAAUCGGAGAAGUUCAGGCACCCAGAGACCUCUGAAAGGGCGAAGGUGGCGAUCAGAGAGCUGCUCCCAGGGGCACUGCGGGAGUCCGUAAGCAAGGUGCGGUCCAGCGUGGCGUACGCCGUGUCGGCCAUCGCGCACUGGGACUGGCCUGAGGCCUGGCCGCAGCUCUUCACCCUGCUCAUGGACAUGCUGGUCAGCGGCGACGUCAACGCCGUGCACGGCGCCAUGAGGGUCCUUACAGAGUUCACCCGUGAAGUGACAGACAUGCAGAUGCCCUUUGUCGCCCCGGUGAUUUUGCCAGAAAUGUACAAGAUCUUCACCAUGGCAGAGGUCUACAGCAUUCGCACCCGUUCCCGAGCCGUGGAAAUCUUCACCACCUGUGCCAACCUCAUCUAUGCCAUUGAGGAGCUGGAGAAGGGUGCGGCCAAAGCCUUGAUCCUCCCGGUGAUGCAGCAAUUCACAGAGGCCUUCGCUCAGGCCCUGCAGGUGCCAGACGGACCAACCUCCGACAGCGGCCUCAAGAUGGAAGUCCUCAAGGCAGUGACAGCGCUGGUAAAGAACUUCCCCAAGCACAUGGUGUCCUCCAUGCAGCAGAUCCUGCCCAUAGUGUGGAGGACUCUGACCGAGAGUGCAGUGUUCUAUGUCCAAACAGAAGUCAAUGACACAGAGGAGGUGGAUGACCCAGUUGAUUCUGAUGGUGAGGUGCUGGGCUUUGAGAACCUGGUGUUUGGCAUCUUCGACUUCGUCCACACCCUCCUGGAGAACAGCAAGUUCAAGUUCACGGUGAAGAAGGCCCUGUCUGAGCUCAUCUACUAUAUCAUCCUGUACAUGCAGAUUACAGAGGAGCAGAUCAAGGUGUGGACGGCCAACCCUCAGCAGUUUGUGGAGGAUGAGGAUGAUGACACCUUCUCCUACACUGUGCGCAUUUCGGCACAGGACUUGUUGCUGGCAAUGGCUGCAGAGUUCCAGAAUGAGAGUGCGGUGGCGCUGGCAGCAGCUGCCUCACGACACCUGCAGGAAGCCGAGCAGGCCAAGAGCAGCGGCAACCAGCACUGGUGGAAGAUCCAUGAGGCCUGCAUGCUGGCGCUGGGCUCUGUCAAGAGCAUCAUCACAGAGAACGUCAAGAGCGGCGCCUUGCAGUUUGACAUGCAUGGCUUCCUCACCAACGUCGUCCUGGCCGACCUCAACCUCCCAGCCGCCUCCCCCUUCCUGCUGGGCCGUGCCCUAUGGGCUGCCAGCCGCUUCACGGCCGCCAUGCCCCCCGAGCUGAUCCAGCAGUUCCUCCAUGCCACCGUCAGCGGCCUUCACGACAACCAGCCGCCCUCCGUCCGCAUCUCCGCCGUACGUGCAAUCUGGGGGUACUGCGACCAGCUGAAGAUGUCGGAGAGCACGCUGGUCCUGCAGCCCUACCUGCCCAGCAUCCUGGACGGCCUGGUCCAGCUGGCAGCCCAGUUUGGCUCUGAGGUUCUGACCCUGGUGAUGGAGACUCUCUGCAUCGUCUGCUCCGUUGAUCCGGACUUCACCGCCAGCGCCGAGAGCAAGAUCUGCCCCCUCACCAUCGCCAUCUUUCUCAAGCACAGCAACGACCCUGUGGUGGCGUCCCUGGCCCAGGACAUCUUUCGGGAGCUGGCUCAGAUCGAGGCGUGCCAGGGCCCCAUGCAGGCGCGCCUCAUCCCCACGCUGGUCAGCAUCAUGCAGGCCCCACCUGACAAGAUCCCCUCAGGACUGUGCGCUGGCGCCAUCGAUAUCCUGACCACUCUGGUGCGACACACCAAGCCCCCGCUCUCCGAGCUGCUGGUCUGCCAAGCCUUCCUCGUGGUGGCACAGUGCACCCUGGGCACAGACGAUAGCACCACCAUGCAGAGCGGUGGGGAGUGCCUGCGGGCCUACGUGUCGGUGGCGCUGGAGCAGGUGGGCCAGUGGCAGGACGAGCAGGGCCGCAGCGGGCUGUGGUACGUGAUGCAGGUGGUGAGCCAGCUCCUGGACCCGCACACCUCCGAGUUCACGGCCGCCUGCGUGGGCCGCCUGGUGUCAACGCUCAUCUCGCGCGCCGGCAGCCAGCUCGGAGAAACCCUGGACCAGAUCCUGCGUGCCGUCCUGAGCAAGAUGCAGCAGGCCGAGACCGUCAGCGUCAUGCAGUCCCUGAUCAUGGUGUUCGCCCACCUGGUGCACUCCCAGCUGGAGCCGCUGCUGGAGUUCCUGUGCAGCCUGCCCGGCCCCACGGGCAAGCCCGCCCUGGAGUUCGUCAUGGCCGAGUGGAUGAGCCGCCAGCACCUCUUCUACGGCCAGUACGAGGGGAAAGUUAGCACUGUAGCCCUUUGCAAGCUGCUCCAGCACGGGCUCAACGCCGAUGACAGGCGUCUGCAGGACAUCGUAGUGAAGGGCGAGGAGAUCUUCAGUCCCAACGAGGGCAUCCGCACGCGCUCCAAAAGUGCCAAGAACCCCCAACGCUGGACCAACGUCCCUCUGCUGGUGAAGAUCUUCAAGCUCAUCAUCAACGAGCUGUCAUCAGCUGUGGAGGCAAAUACAACACGAACAUCUGCUGGUGACUGGAGCCAUGAUUCGGCUGAUAUGUUUGAAGAACAAGAGGAUUACGAGGACGAAGGCCUGGCUGACCAGCUGCUCUCGGACAUCAUUUCCUCAGAUAAAUAUGAUGACGAUCGUUAUGAAGAUGAAGAUGAUGAUGAGGAAGACCCGGAAGCCUUGAAAGACCCUAUUUAUCAGAUUAACCUCCAGGCCUACCUCACAGACUUCCUGACCCAGUUCUCCCAGCAGCCCUGCUACGGCAUGUUCUCCAGCCACUUAAACGAAGCUGAGACGAGAAUCCUGCAGUCUAUCGGCAUCUAACACGCAGCGCCCCACCCCAAUUCCUAACAUCCAACAUCCAUUCACAUCCUCGUCCCCUCGGCCAGUUGUAUCCCACAUGCCUUUUCCAAACCUUGGGUAGUUGGUUUGCACCACCCCCCAGUGGCCGCUCCAGGUAGUGGAACACACCCCACGGCUCCACCCAUCUCCAUCUCUUUUUAACAGAAAAGACUUUGUCUGAAAGGAGGUGGAGCUGCAUUUGGGGAGGACCAUUAUUGUGAAGGGGAUGGGGGAGGAUGCCAAGUGAAAGGAGUUCUUUAUUCCUGGCAGGCUGAGCAGAUUCAGCGAACUGCCAUGGCCUUCAGGGAAACUCGCCGUCAGCAGCCGGAGAGCCUGGGAAAGAAAGCUAUGGUGAAAUCAUGGGGGUGGUUCUUCCAGCUCGUAAAUGCUAUGUGUACACUAACUGGGCCAGAAUGGGUUUGAACUCUGAUCUGAGUGAGUCUGCAAAGGGAAUUUUUUUCCACAUCCCUCCAUGUCCUGCUUAUGGGCCGUUCUAUACUGCUCUGCAGCCCUCAGGGGUCAAGAAGACAAACAACUCCGAUGUGUCACAGACAUAAUGCAGACUUGUACUUUGA